AUGAAAAACUGUAUUAUCAUCAUUGUUCCAUGAGAGAGGCGACGAUGGCGAGUUGGCGAAGACGACGACGACGAUAUUUUGGGGCGGUAGUAGGGCCGGCUCCCAAUGGUGAAUUCCAUCGAAUCCCACUUUAGCUUAAGCCACUCCCACUAUUUUCCCCUUUCCACUCAGCCUUAGAUAUUAUUGGAGGAGAGAGAAGGGGCCGAGAAAAAAUCUCAUUCUUUCCUUGGUGCAAGGGCCUAGAUUUAGAAACAAAGAGAGAGGGGUUUGGCAUUUUGGUGAAAAGAAAAUUUAGAAAGAAAAUGAGAGAAAUAAUAAGCAUUCACAUAGGUCAAGCUGGGAUUCAGGUGGGAAAUUCAUGUUGGGAGCUUUAUUGCCUCGAACAUGGCAUUCAGCCUGAUGGCAUGAUGCCUAGUGACGCCACUUUUGCUGCGGGAAAUGAUGCCUUCAACACCUUCUUUAGCGAGACUGGUUCGGGAAGGCAUGUCCCAAGGGCUGUAUUUGUUGAUCUCGAACCUACUGUCAUUGAUGAAGUUAGGACCGGGGGCUAUCGCCAGCUUUUCCAUCCCAAUCAGCUCAUAUCUGGAAAGGAAGAUGCUGCGAAUAACUUUGCUCGAGGGCAUUACACAGUGGGAAAGGAGAUUGUUGAUUUAUGCUUAGAUAGGGUGCGGAAGUUGGCUGAUAACUGCACUGGUUUGCAAGGAUUUUUGGUCUUCAGUGCUGUAGGCGGUGGGACGGGUUCUGGAUUGGGUUCAUUGCUUCUAGAGCGUUUGUCGGUGGAUUACGGAAAAAAGUCUAAGCUUGGAUUUACCAUAUAUCCUUCACCCCAAGUGUCAACUGCAGUUGUUGAGCCUUACAACAGUGUCCUCUCGACUCAUUCACUUCUCGAGCACACGGAUGUCUGUGUGCUUUUGGAUAAUGAGGCCAUUUAUGAUAUUUGCCGAAGGUCUUUAGACAUUGAGAGGCCUACAUACAACAAUCUGAACCGACUGAUUUCUCAGAUCAUCUCAUCCCUGACUACUUCUCUACGGUUUGAUGGAGCCAUCAAUGUAGAUAUCAAUGAGUUCCAGACCAACCUCGUACCAUAUCCUCGUAUCCAUUUUAUGCUCUCAUCAUACGCCCCUGUAAUCUCUACUGCAAAAGCAUUCCACGAGCAGCUAUCAGUCCCUGAAAUCACAAACUCGGUCUUUGAGCCUGCGAGCAUGAUGGCUAAAUGUGAUCCUAGGCACGGAAAAUACAUGGCUUGUUGCUUGAUGUACCGUGGAGACGUUGUUCCCAAAGAUGUAAACGCUGCUGUGGCUGCCAUCAAGACAAAACGAACUGUUCAAUUCGUUGACUGGUGUCCAACUGGCUUCAAGUGCGGAAUCAACUACCAACCACCGUCUGUGGUUCCUGGGGCCGAUCUUGCUAAAGUGCAACGAGCUGUGUGCAUGAUCAGCAACAGCACCGCAGUUGCUGAAGUGUUUUCACGCAUUGACCUCAAGUUUGAUCUCAUGUAUUCAAAGAGGGCGUUCGUCCACUGGUACGUGGGCGAGGGAAUGGAGGAAGGCGAGUUCAGCGAGGCCCGUGAAGAUCUGGCCGCGCUCGAGAGAGACUAUGAAGAGGUUGGUGCGGAAGGUGUAGAUGAAGAAGUUGAAACUGAAGACUAUUAAUGUGUUCAGUUGUAGUAUCAGAAUGUUUUACAAUCAUUUCAGGAUUUAUUGAAUCAUGAUGCAAGAAAAAUAUGGUCAAAAUAUGCAGAAAAGAUUUGAAGUUA